GGGGGAUCCAACAACGUCACUGCACAAAGUCUGCAAGAUUUUUUUUGCCCGAAAAAAAAACAAUUGCUAUUCUGGGAAUUGGUGCCAGGAAUAACCCCGUCAGCUGGCACACACACACACACUCUGCAGCGUCAAAAGCAGAGAAAGCAACAAGUUUAGAAACGGCAUUUCGAGACUAGAGGCAGACUGAAGCACGGAUUCCUCUUACAGGGCAUGUAAACGGUAGAGACAGGACCAUAUACAAAUACAGCAGAGUGCCUCUGAAGAGGAACCCAACAGUGAGACCAAGAAACCUGAUGCCAUGAUAAAGGAGAAUUGGAAUUAGCACACAGAAGUGGAACUUGACGGAAAACUAGGAAGCUGACCUAACGACCCUUGCGGAAAUACCGAAGGACGUCACAAAUCUGGUGUUGGUGGGGGUUGGCAGAACGAGCGGCUUACGGAUUCCCCCCACCUUUCUUCAUCCAGGUGCGCUUCAAAUUCACACACCUCCCCCCCGCCCCACCCGCAACUCCCCCGAAGGAAUGUGAAGGGGUGGGGGGCUGCGCGAGGAGGAGCGUGUCUGCAGCUGGCAUCUGCCUGUGCACCUUGAGAAGGCAGGCUGCUUGACAAUGGAGAAGGCCGAACGAUUGAGAGUGACGGCGCACUGUCGACCAGCCGCGCAUGCACCAGGGAGGACAGCUUGAGCCCCAUUGGAGGAAGCUGCGCGAAGAAUCUUGCAAGCAACGGUCCCUCUGCAGCCACGCCCUCCGACCGCGAGUGACCUCAGAGGGAGCAGCUCUUUGGUUCCAUGCCAGCGGUGAUUGGCAGAUGGCGGCACCGGCAGACCCAGCCAAACUUUAGAUGCAGUUGACGGAGCCUCAGCAGCGAAGCCCCGGCACUUAGUGACCGUACUGACCGGAAAUGGAGCCGAAACGCGCGAUGCUGAGUGCGGCAGAGGGCGGCGGUGUCGCCGGCCCAGUCCAACGGGACGCCCCCCGGUUACCGCCCGGCGCUUUCACCGAACGAGGGGGUCAGAGGCUGGCUCCGGACCCCAGCCCCGGCCCCGUCGGUGGGACCGGGCCUUACUACUGCCCGGAACUCCAGCUUCCGGCCGACGCUCCUCGCCAGGCCCAGUCCCGGCAACUCCUGGGCGGCCCCUACCACCACUACGCCCCCCGCCCCUUCCCCCAUUUCCAGCGGCGGCCUGACCCCCGGGGGUACCCAGCCCCGGAGCCGGGAGCCGGCGGGGAGGGGCACCCCUGGCCUUUCAGCCGGCCCCUGGAGGCCGCACCCCCUGAAGUCUUCCUGCCCGUCCAGCACCGGCCCCGCCAGCUGGGCAAGGCCUCUACCCCAGCAUGUUAUCGCCAUUACCCCCAGACCGUGCCCGGGCCCCGGGAUGAGGCCUUGCGCAGGGACAAGAAGCCCAAGAAGCCGGGCAAACACAUCUGCCAGUAUUGUGGGCGGGCCUGCGCCAAGCCCAGCGUUCUCAAGAAGCAUAUCCGCUCCCACACGGGGGAGAGGCCCUAUCCCUGUGCCCCCUGCGGCUUCUCCUUCAAGACCAAGAGCAACCUGUAUAAACACCGCAAGUCCCACGCCCACGCCAUCAAGGCCGGCCUACUCUCUGCUGAAGCCGAGGCCGAGCCCAGCUGCCGCUCAGAUACAGAGCCCCUGGGAGCCGGCGAAGAGGCUGGUCUGCACUCCGACGCCGAUGAGAGCACGGACACGGACGAGGAGAUCUGCGCCAGCAAGAGGCUAUCCCUGCCAGCCACGCCGGAACCGGAGGUGGCCGAGGGCGGUGCUCCCGCCCUGCACCGCUCCCUCGGGGCGGCUCAAAAGUACAGCUCGGACUCCGAGGCGCUGGGGGAGGAGCCCGCGGCCGGGCCCAUAAAGGUGCCCAUCCUGAUCGUCCCCAAAUGCGGCCUUCAGGCUCAGACGGAGACCCCUCCGGCCUACGUCAAGACAGAAGCCUGCCCGAGUCCCCCCGGUGUGGUUUGGAAGUACGGUGGGCCGCACACCAUCAAGCAGAAGCUGGCACUGCGGCUGAAUGAGAAGCGAGGCCAGGACAGCGAGCAGUGUGUCAACCUGCUGAGCCCCCACAGCAAGGGAAGCACCGACUCGGGCUACUUCUCACGGUCAGAGAGCGCCGAGCAGCAGGUUAGCCCCCCUAACACCAAUGCGAAGUCCUACGCCGAGAUCAUUUUCGGCAAGUUCGCCAGACUGGCACCCAGGCCCCUGGCAGUCAAUGUGGCUACGCAAGAGCACCCUCUGAUGGUCUGCAAGGACAAAGCCAGCCUGGCGGGUCUCCCAGGAGACAAGCCGGACCUGGAGAAGUUCAUCGAGGAGCACAUAAUGCAGCUCAUAAGCCACAAUAACGUCUUGGUCGACCCCAGCCAGCUGGACCCUAUCAAGCCACGGAGGUUCUCCUGUUACCGGGGAGACGGCGACGAGUUGCGGAAGCAUCCGGCUCCACUGGGGCAGCUGGUCAGCGAAGGCAAGGCGUUCUCCGAAGAGUCCCUGGGCCUGAGCGCCACAGAGUGCCUUGUGCCACCAGAGAAGGAGCUUCUGGGCAUCCCAACGGACAUAGCCGACGGCGCCACCUUAACUCGGAGUAACUCCAUGCCGAUAUCCUCCGGGAGCGGGCUGGGAGUCUCCCAGGUGCUGAGGGGGAGCCACUCUUUUGAUGAGAGGAUGACGGGCUCUGACGAUGUGUUCCACACCGGCUCUGCCUUGCUGCCUCACCAACGCAUGCUGAAGCGCCAGACGGCCAUCGAGCUGUUCUCCGGGCUUGAGGGACACGCCCCGGGGGGCUGCGGCCACGACGAUGGGGAGCCAGGCCCAGGGGCCUUCCCCAGAGGACCACCCCUGGCAGGGUCCACCAAGCUGGAGGAAGGGGAGUCAGCCGAAGGGGGGGACCUGUCGCCUCUGGUGAGGAAAGCCCAGAAGGGUGUGGGUGCGGUGUACGAGUGCGAAAUCUGCGGUGUCAAGUAUCAGAUUUGGGACAACUUUGAAGCCCACAGGAAGUUCUAUUGUUCACAUGGGUCACGGGUUAAGAGCGUGGCACCCAAAGGCCCGGGCGAGGUCGGGCUGGAAGUAUCCCAGGCCACGGCCUACAAAGCCAGCCCGGUGCCAGAGAACCUACCGUUCAGGAAGCGAAGGAAAGAGAAGAGCGUCGGGGAUGAGGAGGACCUCCCUAGCCAAUACAGCGGCCCAUAUGGCACAGCGAGUUGGUCACCCACCUCGGGGGGCGAGCCGAAAGCUGAGGGGAACCCCUCCGCCGACCAGGAGCCCAUUUCCAGAGCCGUCUCCUUGUCGACUGUGACCACCUCAGGUUUGUGCGGCCUGCUGAGGGAGCCGGCCCCGGCGGCCAUGGAAGAGAGCGAGCCGCAGCCGAUGGAGGACGCUCCCGGGGCGCAGGGUCCGGGCAAACAGGACGGAGGCCGCAGGGCGAUGGGCAACGAGAUCUCGGUCAUCCAGCACACCAACUCGCUGAGCUGGCCGGGCUCCUUCGAGAGGUCCGAGUCCAUGGAGUUGCUGUCCGGCCCUGGGGGGGCUGAACCUUCUGCCGAGGGGGGAGAGCUGCAGUCUGGCCCGCAGACCCAGCUGCCCCCCAAGCUGGUGCGCCAGCACAACAUCCAGGUGCCGGAGAUCCGGGUGACAGAGGAGCCAGACAAGCCAGAGAAGGAUCUGGAAGAGGCCCCUGCCAAGGAGACUGAAAAGGUCCCCGAGGAGUUCCAGUGGCCGCAGCGGAGUGAGACGCUCUCCCAGCUGCCUGCCGAAAAACUACCACCGAAAAAGAAGAGGCUACGCCUCGCUGAGCUGGAGUACUCCUCUGGGGAAUCGAGCCUCGAGUCGGGCACCCUGUCCCGGAGUCUGAGUCAGGACAGUAACUGGUCUCACAGCUCCAGCUUCUCCCUCUCGCUGGAGAGGGAUGAGGGCCCGAAGCCUGGGGCCUCUGGCAGGCUGGAGACGGCCGAGUACCUGACGGUACCCUACACGGUCAACAGCCUAGGCCUGCUGUGCCAGCAGCAGCAGCAGCAACAGCAAAAGGAGAUGAGGCGCUCGGCCUCUGAACAGGCCCCAUGCCAGCCCUACAUGGACAUGGUGGAGAUCCGCAGCAAAUCCUUCGACUAUGGAAACCUGUCGGGAGGCCCCGGGGGGGCCCUGCCUCGUGGGCCUGGCCCCACCUCCCCAGCUGUCAGGGAAAGGAGGAGGUGCUUCCUGGUGCGCCAGGCCUCCCUCGGGCAGUACUCGGAGAAUUCUCAGCUGGAGCACUGCCCAGACCAGGCCGAGCCAAUGCAAGUCUCCAGUCACCAGUUGUGUGGGCCAACGAUCCCUGGGCGGGGCCCUCGACACCGCCCGCCCACCCCCACCGACCGCCCUGGCGACGCCCCUUACCCUCUCGACUUCCACCAGCCCUGGCAACUCUACCAGCUGCCUCACCCAUCCCCCUUCCCCGCCCCCAACCCUGACCCAUGCGUCCCGCCCUGGCCAGCGGCUCCUCUGCAGCCGGCUGCGCCCCUCCCUCCUGCCAACCCCAUCGAGGCCUACCCAGGUCAACCAGCCGACAGGCGCCCUCAGGCCCGCCCGGGUUGGGGGGAUAAGGAUCCCGCUUGCCCCUCGCCCCGGGCCUCCCCUCAGCACUCCCCCAGCCGCCGGGCCCGCUUCCCUCCAGAGAGGGCCCCGCUCACCCCGGGCUCCGGACGCCCCCCGCCCUCGCUACUGGUGCCCGUCCGCAUCCAGGCCAACGUGCCCACCUACGGCAGCGUCAUGUACACCAGCGUUUCCCACGUGCCGGGACCCCGGGGUCCGGCCAACCCCAACACCGCCGUCGUCAUCUGCAAGGUGGAGGAGCGUUCGACCAGGGCGGGCCUGGAGCAGAGCAGGGGAGCCGGCCGUGCCGUCCCGCUGCACUGCUCCCAGUGGGGGCUUCCCCCUUCGGUGGCGACCGGCACGGCUGGGGAACCGUCGGUGCCACUCACCCUGAGCCUGGUGAGCUCGGAUGGUGGCUCGUCCAUUGGAGGGAGCAAGCGAAUGCUGUCACCUGCCAGCAGCCUGGAGCUCUCCUUGGAGACCAAGCAGCAGAAGCGCAUCAAGGAGGAGAAGAUCUGUGGGCAGAUGCUGGAGAAACUGAGCCUGAGGGAGUCUGGUGCACCUCCACCCACUGUGUCCCAAGGAGGCGCUAAACCGGCCAAACCACAGUUGGUCCGCCAGUUCUGCACCACCGAGAUGAAGGAAGGUCAGCUGUUGUCGUCCAGCUCCUCCCCAGGCUCUCUGCAACGUCACAGCCUUCAGAGCCUGGAGUCCGCCAGCCAGUGCAGCGACAUGGAGUCGGUGGAGAGCUUCGACGCCGAGAGUCCGCAGAGAGCGCCUCUGUCGCCGGGCGACAGUCCCUCGGAGCUCCCGGCCCCUCCGCAGAAGUUCCCCAUCAGCAUGCUGCUCCAGGUGCCCACCAGCCAGGGGGGGACGGUGGUCGGGGGCACCAUUCUCCUGUCGGACGCAGCCGACCUCCAGCAGUUCCUGCAGUUCCCCAGCCUCCGCACCUCCACCAGCGUCAGCUGGUGCUUCCUAAACUACACCAAGCCCAACCCGACCCGGCACACGGCGCCCAAGCUGUCGAUGUAUGCCACCUGGUGCAUCAGCUCCUACAACCCCAACCCGCCGGGCACUGCCACGAAAGUCGCCUUGGCACUCCUGAGGUCCAAGCAGAAGGCAGCCAGGGAGAUCUACAUCAUGUCUGCUCUGAACUGGCCCAGUUCAGGAAAGCUUGUGGCCUCCAGCAGCUGGAAACAAAGUAUAGCCCAGAUGAAAUGGUAUGAAUCUUCACAGUGUGAUCAUGAUGGGGCUGGAGGGAAAGCAGCAGGAAGUUUUGAAAAGGAAAGGGAAAAGAUGGAGACCAGUGCGAACAAAGACCAUUCCAACAAGCAAGUGGAGCCCACCAGGAUUAAAAUCUUUGAUGGAGGAUAUAAAUCUAACGAAGACUAUGUCUAUGUGAGGGGACGGGGCAGAGGAAAGUAUAUCUGUGAGGAAUGUGGAAUCCGCUGUAAGAAGCCCAGCAUGCUGAAGAAACAUAUCCGCACCCACACUGACCUACGACCUUUCAUGUGCAAGUUCUGCAAUUUUGCUUUCAAGACGAAAGGAAACCUGACAAAACAUAUGAAGUCAAAGGCUCAUACCAAAAAAUGCCUUGAGCUGGGAAUAGCAGUGACCUGCACAUACAACACAGACUCGGAAGAAACAGGAAUUCCAGAAGAGCCUGAGAAAGACACGCUGAGUGAAGUUCCAGUCCGGCAUCAGUUUUCCGAUCCGGAGGAAUCGGAUGGAGCGGAGGAGGAGGGAGAUGAAGACGAUGACGAUGAGGAUGAGGACGAUGAAGAUCGCCAAGGUGACAGCACACCGACCACCAGAUCGCGAAGCACGAGCCCACUCUCCAAACCAUCCUCGAGCACCUUUGGCAUCACCUCAUCCUCUGCGUUCGACGUUUCACACUCAAGUAACCAGUCCUCCCUCAUCAGCUACUUGGUGACACUACCCAGAAUUCAAGCAACUCAGUUCAUGCCUCCCAGUUACACACACACAGGGACUCCACUGACAGACUACCCAAGAAAUUUGCAGAGCAGGCUGACAGAGUCAAUUGAACACAAAGACAGACUGGACAUCCCAACACCCCUCAAUGUGUGGCUACCACGUACCAGCGAUGACGCUUCUUCGAGAGAUGAUAGCUCCAGAGAGAUGUCCCCCUCAGGAGACACCGGUUCGAGUGCUCACCCAUCACCGGCCUACGAUGGUUCCCCAGGCAGCGACCCCUCACCGACUCCACGAAGGUACUUAUCUCCGAGGAGGGAGCUCUCACCGAGAAGGCACUUGUCCCCGAGACGGGAGAUUUCCCCAAUCCGACACCGCUCACCAAAGAGGGACACCUACCUGAGUGAGUUCUCAGUGAGGCGAGAUGCUUCCCCGAGGCGUCCCUUCCUCCAGAGGAGGGAGAUCCAGUUGCCAAGGCAGCUCUCCCCCGUCAAAGACCUCUCCCCGAGAAGGGAAUUGUCGCCAAGGAGGGACUACAGAGACAGGCGGCACAUGCCUUUGGUGAGAGCGACGUCGCCCAGGCGGGGCUGCCUGCAGAGUGGACCCAUCGCAGGCCCAUAUAUGCAGCAUUCGGACAUGAGCCUGAGAACGUCUCACCAGAAUCCAUUGGACAACAGCAGAAUGAUUCCCUGGCCGUCAUAUCCUGUGUGUGAAAAUGCCAAAGGAGACCAGGGCCAUGCCAUUCUUCCCAAUGGGCCUCAUGGUUGCCUCUUCAGCCACCUUCCACUGCACUCACAACAACAAGUACGGACCCCAUACCAGAUGAUCCCUAUUGGAGGCAUUCAGAUGGUGCAUUCUGGAGCUGUCCCUUUGCCAGGUCUGCAGCCGGCUUCUCAGCUCCCCCUGGGGGCAAGGAGGAGGGACGACAGCAUCAUUGACGAAGCCACCCACUGCGUCAUCGAGAGCAUCAAAGAGAUGGACAUCUUUUCCAAGUCUGAGGACACACAAGUGGCAUCCCCUAUGGCUGUGUCGCCCCCCCGGCCGACCAGCCCCACGGAUCCCCUCGGGGCCGAGGUGAGGGGUGGCUCCAGCGAGGAGGGGGUGCGUGGUCGGAUGGGGGAGCAGCAGGCAUUGCGGGGCCCCUCGGCGACCAGCAGUGGAUACAGCGAGCACCCAGCCUCCACUGGACGAGGGGGCGAGGACCUUCGACCUCCGGCAGAAGACGGGGAGCGAACCAGGAGGGCAGGGUGCCCCCCAACUAGUUGGUCCUGGGGCAUUUCAGCAAGUCCACCGUGAAAAACCCUUUGGUGAUUGGAUAUGACCACCAGGAGUGACUGGCGCCCACACUGAAAGGAGCGAGAGAGGCAGAGCAAGAGAGAUUGUCAGACAGAAAGCAUGGACUCCACGAUCGGGAGACAUUCACUGAGGGGAAGGGGUGCAAAGUGAGGACAGUUAAGACACAGUGCAACACAACGCCCUCCUGUCUGCAUCCCCAGUGAAGGCGAGAGUUUGGGGAGAGGUUGGAUAAACAGGCAGGAAGGAAUGAGAGCAUGCUGCCACCUUUAUCUGUCUGUGGUCUAGACUUUGAACAUGCGAAAUAUUUUCUAUUUGUCUGUCAGAAGAAAGGAAAAAAAUACCCUGACCAAAAUCAAGUUCCUUCAGUUAUCCUUGUUAAGUAUUUUAUUUUUUUUUAAAAAAGUGUUGCAGAUAUUUUGUGCCUUUUAUUUUUGCUUGAAUUCCUGUAUGCAUUAUGAAGGAAAGAGAGAAAUUGUACAUAUUUUAGAAUUUUGUGUACAUGGCUUAAUAAUUGUGAUGUUUUCUUUUCAGAGCACUUGUUAUAUUUUUGGGGGGAGGGUGGGGGUUUUGUCUUGAAUGGUGUGAAUGAUUGGAAAUGGUUUAUUUUUAUGGGUUCGGGUGAUGGGGCAAAGUAUCAUGUGAGGUUGCACUAAAAAUGUAUUUUUAUACAAUUGAACUACUCUUAUGUACAGCAAUGAUUCAGUGAUACUAAUAUUUAUUACCUUUUUUUUGUUUUAUAACUUGUGGAGCCUCUGUUCCUCCCUCCCAUUGUAGGCAACUCUGACAUGAAGCAUGGGAUUUGUCUUUUUUUGCAGAAGUUAGAAUAAAGAUUUGUAACGCUGUAAAUUGUUGGCUGCUGAGAUUCUGAGGGGUGGGCAUUGCUAUCGGACUCGAUUCCCUUUCUCCUUUGGAAAGAUGAAACCGGCGCGAAUAAUUUUUCUUUGGCUUUAGUUCCAGCAGCCAAUGCUGGCUUUGUGGGGUUGUUAGGGAAGAGAGAGGCAAACGGUACUUGAAGGAAGAGAUAAUGGGAACUGCAGAUGCGGGAGAAUCCAAGAUAACAAAGUGUGAAGCUGGAUGAACACAGCAGGCCAAGCAGUAUC